AUGCUUUUGACAAGACGGGAUGGAGAAUUCCUCUUCUGCGUCCGCGUCCCGCUCGUGUCCUUCGGCUGGCUGGUAUGGCUCGCAAUCAUUCAGUGGACGCCACCAGGCGGCGUCUUGCGUAAAGCCAAUCUCUGGUAUGUCUUGGGUAUACCGGGCGUGUGGUGGAUUGACAUUCAGGUCGAUGGUGUACGGAGAGGAUCCCUCUCCGCCACCCGUGCGAAAGGACGCCUUCCCGCCGGCAGCUCGAUCAUCGCCUCUUCCCACACCUCGCCGCUGGACAUCCUCUAUCUAGGCGCCAUCUUCGAUCCCAUCUUCACUCAGUCCACGCCAAACUCUCGGCUCGUCCAACCUCUAUCCCUGGAAGCAGCACUGGCCUCCGUCUUCUCCGUCCCGGCUCCCGCAAUCUUCCACACACGGCAGGCCCCCCUCACACUCGCCCAACUCACCGCGCAGAACCCUGACCGCACAAUUGUCGUCUUUCCAGAGACAAUAACAAGCAACGGCCGUGCAAUUCUUCCGCUGGCGCCGUCUCUCCUCUCAGCAUCACCAACCACAAGGAUCUACCCGGUCAGUCUGCGCUACACGCCAGCGGACAUUGUGACUCCCAUUCCCGGCUGGACAGAAGUUGCUCGCUUCAUCUGGCGACUUAACAGCAGACCUACCCACUGCAUCCGCGUUCGUGUGGGCGGAGCGCUGACAUUGGCUUCACUACCACCACCGUCUGGAACGCUCGAAAGUCCGUCCACAGUCUCACCCCGCUCAACCGGUAGGGCUACCGGCUCUUCCGCGACAUCCACAACUUCUCCGGCUGCACGACGCAGCACCGGCGGCUACGAAACAAACUACUUCGACACCCUCCACGCGCAGAAAGUCCCCGGAGAUACCGACACCGACACUACCCUCAGCGGCGACGGCGAGGCCGACAGUGAAGGAGAUGCGGAACUAAGCCAGCAGGAACGAAGAGUGCUCGAUGCCGUAGCGGAAGCGCUUGCAAGGUUGGGGAGGGUGAAGAGGGUGGGACUGGGAGCGAAGGAGAAGGAUGGGUUCGUGAAGGCUUGGUGGGGAAGGAGCCGGGCGAGGAAAUAG